CCUUUUUAGUUGUCUCCAUUUCUAGAAAGGCAGAGUUCAGUUGUUGCCUAGGAAGAGCUGAUGAACUGCUAAAGAGGGAAGAAAACUCUGAAAAAUAAUCAUGGGUUCGUGAAAAGAAGUGUCAAAACUUAUCCUCUUAAUUUUCGGUGACCAUUCUAUUUAAUUUUACUUUUUUAGGGAGUCAAGCUAUUGUAUGGACUUUUUUUUGGGGUCAAAUUCGGUGGCUAGACUAGUUAGUACUACAAUCUUAUCAUACUAGCGAAAUUUGUCUUUUUCAUCUUUCUUUGUCUUUUCUUUUUUCUCUCUUUUUCUUCUCUUCCAUCUUUGUUUUUAGUCUUUAUAAACUGCGCCACCUAACAAAUAAAUUAGUCGUCUCUCUACAUUAUACAAUGUCUUGGAGGGUCUAUAAAUAGCACUAGAAAGACUUGGGAUUGGUAAGUAGCCAUCAGUAGGGGUCUAAAAUGUCCGGUGAUCAAACUGCAUCUCCAAAUCCCACCAUGGAUCCCUACCAGUUCCUUCAGAUCGUCCUCAACCCUGACGGUACGAUGACUCGCCUACUCAAAACUCCAGAGACCUCGCCCACAUCCGAUCCGAGCCUUGGUAUCCCAGUUCUCUCUAAAGACAUUCCCAUCAACCAAUCAAACAACACCUGGGUCAGACUGUUCCUACCGCGGGAAGCAUUUGAUAACUCACCCACUAAGCUACCUCUUGUAGUUAACUACCAUGGGGGAGGGUUCAUCCUGAUGAGUGCAGCCUCAUCGAUUUUUCAUGAUUUUUGCGUGAAUAUGGCGACUGAACUCGGUGUGAUCAUCGCAUCGGUCGAGUACCGUCUUGCACCGGAGCAUCGCCUGCCAGCGGCUUAUGAUGAUGCCGUGGAAGCGUUGCACUGGAUCAAAACCGCCCAAGAUGAUUGGUUAAGAAAGUAUGCUGAUUUUUCUACUUGUUUUAUCAUGGGCUGUAGUGCUGGGGGUAGCAUGGCCUACCAUGCAGGACUACGUGCAGCUGCGGACGUUGACCAUCUAGAGCCGUUGAAGAUCCGAGGGCUGAUACUGCAACAACCAUUUUUUGGUGGGAUCCAGAGGGCUGGGUCAGAGUUGACUCAUAUUAAUGACCCUUAUUUGCCCCUAUGUGUCACUGAUGUUAUGUGGGAGUUGUCCCUGCCAAUUGGGGUUGACCGUGAUCAUGAGUAUUGCAAUCCGACGGUGGGCGGUGGAUCCAUGCUCUUAGAGAAAAUCAAGGUGCUAGGAUGGAGGAUUUUUGUGAGUGCUUGUGAUGGGGACCCAUUAUUUGACCGACAGGUUGAGCUGGUGAAGAUGUUGGAGCAGAAGGGUGUAAACGUGUCGGGUCAUUUUGGCGUUGGAGAUUUUCAUGGGGUGGAAUAUUUUGACCCUCCGAAGGCCAAAGCAUGGUUUGGAGUUGUUAAGGGUUUUAUUGCAUCUUGCUAGGAUUCAUAAGACAUGAAUAAUGAUGUUCAGUGAUUGAAUUAUAUAUGCUGCUAUAUCUUAUUUAGGGCGCAAGUACCUUACCUGAUAUA